GAAGCUGAGCUCCCGUGGCUGGGCAGAGGCACGGAGCAAGGCAUGGAGAGGAGGGGUCAUUUUAAAGAGCACCCGAGCACAGGCUCCGGUCUCUCUUGCUCACUGUGACAGCGAAGUGCCUCACUGAAAACCAGUGAGCUGGGGACUUAAGCGGCCUCUGAUCUUUCUCACUCUUUCCCCCCCACAAUUCCUCUCUUGUGUUUGCAUUUUCCAAGGAAGAGGCGUUUUCACGGACAGCUGUGGGACAGAAUCUUUCUGAGGAGGCAAGUGCUUGGCUGUAAUAUUUCAUUGCAGUCAUGGCUCCUAAGAAGAAGAAUGCGAAAAAGAACAAAGCGGAUAUCAACGAAACAACUAUCAUUGUGGAAGAUGGCCCCCUCAGUAAACUAAAUGGCUUGAGUGGACUCUUGGAAGGAGGAAAUGGUUUCAGCUGCAUUUCAUCUGAGGUUUCGGACCCGUCAUACUGUCCAAACCUCUUGGAAGGUCUAAGCAAAAUGAGACAAGAAAAUUUCCUUUGUGACUUGACUAUCAGUACCAAAACCAAAUCAUUCAGUGUUCAUAAGGUAGUGAUGGCUUCAAGCAGUGAAUACUUUCACAACAUCUUAAAGAAAGAUCCGUCCACUCAAAGAGUGGACCUCAAUGAUGUGUCCCCAGUGGGUCUAGCUACUGUUAUCACCUAUGCUUACACUGGAAAACUUACUCUCUCACUUUACACAAUAGGUAGUAUUAUUUCCACAGCAAUUUAUCUACAGAUUCACACCCUUACAAAGAUGUGCUGUGAUUUUCUAGCCCAAGAAAUCAGUGUUGAGAACUGUAUGUACAUUGCCAAUAUUGCAGAAACAUACGGACUAAAAGCAACCAAGGAAGCAGCACACAAAUUUAUUAAAGACAACUUCAUUGAAUUUUCAGAAACUGAUCAGUUCCUAAAACUUACUUUUGAUCAGAUUAAUGAACUUCUUGCAGAUGAUGACUUACAGUUGCCUUCUGAAAUUGUUGCAUUCCAGAUUGCAAUAAAAUGGCUAGAAUUUGACCAAAAAAGAGUAAAGUUUGCUGCCAAUCUCUUAAGUAACAUCCGUUUUGGUACCAUCUCAGCCCAAGACCUUGUCAAUUAUGUUCAAACUGUGCCAAGAAUGAUGCAAGAUGCAGACUGCCAUAAGCUCCUAGUGGAUGCCAUGAACUAUCACUUGCUUCCCUAUCACCAGAAUACACUUCAGUCCAGAAGAACAAGGAUCCGUGGAGGUUUCAGAGUCUUAGUUACUGUUGGGGGACGCCCUGCUUUAACAGAGAAGUCUCUUAGCAGAGACAUCUUAUACAGAGACCCUGAAAAUGGAUGGAAGAAGCUAAGUGAAAUGCCUGCUAAGAGUUUUAAUCAGUGUGUCACGGUGAUGGAUGGAUUUCUCUAUGUGGCUGGUGGGGAAGACCAGAAUGAUGCCAGGAACCAAGCCAAGCAUGCAGUCAGCAAUUUCUGCAGGUAUGACCCUCGUUUCAACAGCUGGAUUCACUUGGCGAACAUGAAUCAGCGGCGCACCCACUUCAGCCUGAACGUGUUCAAUGGCCUCCUCUUCGCUGUGGGUGGCCGCAACUCCGAGGGCUGCCUCUCCUCUGUCGAGUGCUAUGUGCCUGCAACUAACCAGUGGCAGAUGAAGGCCCCGCUGGAGGUGCCCCGGUGCUGCCACGCCAGUGCAGUGGUGGAUGGCCAGAUCCUGGUCACAGGAGGUUACAUCAAUAAUGCUUAUUCUCGCUCAGUGUGCAUGUACGACCCCAGCAAAGACAGCUGGCAGGAUAAGGCCAGCCUCAGCACCCCAAGGGGCUGGCACUGCGCAGUGUCCCUUCUGGAGAGGGUCUACGUCAUGGGUGGGUCUCAGCUGGGGGGGCGAGCGGAACGGGUCGAUGUUCUCCCUGUGGAGCGUUACAGCCCAUACACGGGGCAGUGGAAUUACGUGGCGCCACUUCAAACCGGAGUUAGCACGGCUGGCGCCUCCACCCUUAAUGGGAAAAUUUACUUAGUGGGUGGCUGGAAUGAAAUAGAGAAAAAGUACAAGAAAUGCAUUCAGUGCUAUAACCCAGAUCUCAAUGAAUGGACAGAGGAAGAUGAACUGCCUGAGGCCACUGUGGGUGUAUCUUGUUGUACUAUAUCCAUGCCCAACACCAAGACAAGGGAGUCCAGGGCCAGCUCAGUCUCUUCUGUCCCAGUCAGUAUCUAAAGAUAGGUCUAACCAGCAAUAAGUAAAAAUGUUUACCAGCACAGCAAUAUAAUUAACCCUUUAAGUAGAAUUUUUGGGCUUAUAUAAAAAAAAAAAUUAUUGGCUUUGCAAAUGUGCUUUUUAACAGUGCAAACUGGCCAGUUUUCAAGAACUUUAGUACAGGUGGCAUGAAACAGCACGUUAGGGAUAAGAUCAAUUUCCAUAGCAGGAAAAGAGAGUUAACCCAUAACCACAGAAUCUAAUUCUCCUCCGUAUUUUGUCACUGACUUACUAUGCUAUCUGUAGCAAAUAAUUUCAUUUCUUUAUGCCUUGGUUUCCUUACCCAUAAAAUCAAGAUAAACUUGCUGCAGAAGAUUGUUAUGAGGCUUUUUAAUAAAAAGUUUUAAAUGCUUUCAGAACCCAAAAUAAAAGCCAAAUAUGAUUAGUAAUAAAUCUCAAUAUAGAUCAGAAAUGUGCCAUAUUAUAAAAUUGAUCAGUUUUGUUCUUUUAUAAGCAUUUUCUAUUUUCAGAAACAGAAGGGGAAAAAAGGCAAACCAAAAAUACCACAUAUAGCAUGUGGUAUUUUAUUUUUGGGACAGUGGUAUUCACAAAAACUUCUCAAAGCAUUUUCUCCUUCAGAAGGUAGAAAGAGUUCCUCAUCUUCUGCCAUGAAACCCUUUAAUUCCUAUACCAAAUGCUGUGACAUGGCUUUCAAGAUCUGAAUCCAUGAAAUACUUUAUCUCCCAUAAUCACUGUGGGCCAGACCCAAGGGGCUACUUUGGGUGCCAGAUGUCUCUCCUGACCUCUGUGUACACCAAGGAACACCACCUCAUCCUUGUCCUCAUGCCGGGGAGACACCCCUCUCAUUCCAGGCUGAAAAACCUAGAAGCUGAGUUCAUGCCAGGAGACACCAAGGGCUAACGGCAUCUGAACAUGGGGAAGAUGCACAGAGCAAACUCCCUUACAUUACUCCAGCAAAUAACCAGUGGAGUGAGGAACAAAGAUAGAAUAAAGACUUCAGGAUCUGCCCCUUGGAAUUUGUGUGGAAAACAGAGAAUCACAGGAAAACUCCCUUAGCAGAAACAAAGACAUACCAUAACACCUUUCUUGCCAGGUGUAGGCACAACAACACCCAAAGUAACCUUCUCCUGGGCAUACUAUUGUGUAUCUCCUUCUGAAGCCUUCAUUAUAGCCCUUUUCAUGGAGAUUUCAUUCAUAUUAUUCCAAAGGCUAGACUAACGCUCUUUGUGUUGAAGUUUUCCCAGUGAAUAGAGUGGAGUCUUCACUCAACUUAGUUUAUGUUCCAAGAACUUUUCUUCCUGAUUUCAGCAUGAAGUAGGGGAAUUAGCAUGAAACCUAAUCCUAUUCUCACAGCCAAAGGGAUAUGCAGCCCAUCAUGUCCCGGGAGGAUUUGACACCAAAGGACUUCUGUCAGCACAGAAUGUCAACAACAGCACAAAAUGUCUAAAUCCUUCUUUUGGGGAGGAAAGAGGGAAUACAAGGAAUUAAAAUGAUUUCAUAUAACCAGAAGGGCACUCACUUUAACCAAUUCAUGGAGGCUUCACAUUCAGUUUCCUCAGAUUAUCAUUAACACCUCCAGGCUUCAGUGCCAAUGAGAUGCCACACUCUUAGCAACACCUAUCAGGCAGACAAAUUUUUAUCUCAUUUGCAAAAAAGGAACACUAUAAAAUUGUCUGUCAGUGCAGAUGUUGUUGAGACAAGUAUUUUCAGGACCCAAGCUCUUUGUAGCUUUGUUAAAGCUGCAAAUUGAGGAUCAGCAUAAGCGUGACACGGUAUUAGAGAUGAAGUAAUUCACUCUGUCAGUUGGGAUUAAACUCCAUGGUACUUAGUCCUGUUUUCCAGUUCUAACUUAGAGUUCAAGUUUGCAUCCUGACUAUACAAUUUUGAAUUUCAAAUUGUAUUUUUGAGUGCUGUAUGUUAUUAAAUCCACUGCCACCAAUGACUUGUGGUCAGAGAAGCACUGUCAUAUAAUUUUGAUUAAUUCAAUUGGCAUAUAGGUAUCCUCUACUCUAUGUAAUUCAAAUAAUAACAAAUGUGGAACAGAGUAACAUUAAGUAUGAAAAUUCUGUUCUUUCCCAUUCCAGUCACCAAAUCUUUUUCCUGAAGGAGGGAAAAAUUUCUCUUUUCCCAAGUCAUGACCACAUGUUCCAUAUGAAUGCAUUUAGGAAGCUCUUUAGAAAUAACUAUCUGUUCCAAUAUUUUUUGUAAAAUUUUUUUCUCCAUCCAGUCCAAUGAAGACACCUGUACACAUUCAAUUGUAACUGUAUACAUGGUGUAGUUAUUUAGUUUUUAUAAGGUAUCCAUAAGGUUGCAUUUAUGAAUUGAAAAAACAAUUAUUAUGGCCUCAAACAGACAUUGGAUGGAAUUGUCAUAUGCAAGUGUCUCUUUUUCCCUUUAGGAAUUCAAUUCCAAAAUGCCAUGAAUAGUCAGACACUGCUGCAUGCUUUCCUGUUUAUGAGCUAGCACUUCAUGUACAUCAACAACCAUCUUGUUUUUGAGUAGUAAAUUAUUUAUGAAUGAUGGGCUAAGUGCAAUGAAACUUCUCUCUUACUACUUAAAGGGUUAAAAACUUUGGGGGCCAAAUCCUUUUCAUCUUACUCGCAAAAAAGUCUCCAUUGACUUCAGUGGGACUACUGAAUAAGAUGUACAGGAUUUCGAACUCUUGGCCAAAUUCUGGCAGAACAGUAGCUAAAACUGUCAUACCUAGAAGGAAGACUGCUCCAUUGCCUCCAGUGCCUUUGGCCACAACGUGCUGACAUGUCCUAGGACAGCAGGCAAAUACCACUGGCCAUGUGUUCCUUCUGUAGCACAAGUUAGGUACAUACUUCAGGCCAAAAAUCUUAGGUAGAUUAACAACUGGUAUUGUUACAAUUGUUAUACAACACUACAGGUUGGCUUGACAUUAUUUUCUCUAAACAUCUUUUUAGGCUUCAACUGCACAUUGAGACAGGAUUUGGCCCUUAAUAUGUGACACUAUUAGCUGGACUUAAUAUUAUGUUGAAUCAUACUCUGUACUGAGCUAUUUGUGACAUUUUUAUGUAUGACCUUCUUUUGUUAGAACUGUGAAAAUUAUUUGUAUGUUCUGUUUUAUGGGAUGGUGUUCUUUCAUUGUCUGGUACCAUAUAUUCAAUCUCUAGAUAUUUAAUAAUGACAUCUCAGUUGAACUUGAAAUACUGUAUAUACCAAAAAGAAGUUUUAAAGUACAAGGAAGUACUGUAUACAGUAACAUUAAGUAGAGCAGAAAACUUCCAACUGUGUGAGAUACAGACUGUUAAAGCACUACAGGGAUCCUCUUUAAUGCUAUACUAGUAGUAGGGAAAAAAACCAAAAAACAACAAAACAAAUUAACAUAAGCUGUUGCCCUCUAAAUUCUGUAUAAAACACAUAUGCAUUUUAUAGUUGACACGUGUGCUUCAAAUUCAGAUCUGAAAAAUAAGCUUUCUUCAGUCUGUGAGAGAAGCAGUUUGCUAGGGUUUGUUUUCUUGUUUAUUCCUGACUUUUUAGGUGCAUGGGAGAGUGUGUUAGAGAUUGUAAGGGAGGGACUUACUGCUGGAAAAUUGUGCUGAAAGGAAGGUGUUGUGUUUAGUUCUUAAUCAAGACAAGAUCAUGAUCAUUCAAUUUCUUCUUGAAGUUAACCUGCAAGAUCAUCUGUGGGUCAGUCAAGAGUCCAGUAAACUUGAAUCCUUCAAAGAGGAAAGCAGGCAAAAUUAGCAUCAACCAAGCUCAAUGAGGUAUUGAAAAGUGCUUUGUGUUGAGAUUUUUAAAUGACAAUUCUAGCAGAAAAAAGGACGCAAUGAAUGAAAUGACUGAGUAAGAACAUUUAUAUUAUCCUGAAACCUAGAUUAGUUUCUCUGACAGUUCUAACUCUUUACCAAAUUAUACUGGGUUUAGGAGCAGUUUUUCCUUAGCAGCAGCUGGGCUUUGUAAUUCUAGUUGCAAACCCAGCAGUCACACAGAGAGUUGUAUGAGCACACAUACCUUCUUGCAUUCAGUGGGACUUCUGCUACAGAAGAUAUUCUCAGGGAUUUAUACUUGGAAAAACAAAAGAACAAAAUCCAUGAGUAGACAAACAUCAAUGUCUAAUUAAAGGCAACAUGAGGGCGUUAGACUGAUUCUCAGCAUCACCAUUCACUUAUCAUACCAGCACAUGGCAUUUUUUGAGACUCAAUUACCCUGUAAGGAUAAUAUUUCCUUGGAAUGGCUGCUCAAUCAUACACUCCAAGGUUUUUUCUGCAACACAAAGGAUGGGAGGUGCUUUAGUCCAUGGAAAGGCCAAAAUGGAGCCACUUAAAACCAUCAGCAAACUAAGAUUUUGUUCCAGUCCUCAAGGAUGUUUGAGAAAAAUAUGCUGGAAAAAAGCACAUACUUCAACACGUACUUAUCCAUAAGCAACUUUGCUUAUGUUUCAUAACUGAGAUUUUCAUCAUCUUUCUGAUAAAAAGCAAAGAUCAAUUUUCAAUUGUCUGUAACUUCAGUUCUCAGCUGAACUGAAUUUUCAGUCCAUUCUAGUCCAUUUUCAGACCAUCCAAGAUCUCCUGGGAGAUCUUUUUCAAAGUCUGAAUUCACCUGCACAGAGAAUGCAAUUGGAACCAGUAGUCCUAGUAUAGGUUCUUGACCUUUUUACAGUGAAUCUUCUCAUCUUUUUUUGUCAAAGAUUUGCUUUGUAUAAGUACUCAAAAACAUUGUAAUGCACAGAUUUAUACUUUGACUUCUCCUUAAAAGAUUUCUUGUCUCUUUUAGUUUCUCUUUUCUUAUCCAUAACUGAGUGACUGUCAGAGCAUCAAAGAUGCACAGAUGUGCAUCUGUAAAUGCUCAGCUGUGAAUCUAAAAAUCUCAUUGCUGGUAUCCACAAUAAAGAAAAGAACACAAUCUGAAAUGCCUGGGUAAAUUAAUAAAAAUAGGGUGAAACGUCACAGAAUCACAGAAUAUUCUGAGUUGGAAGGGACCCAUAAGAUCAGUCCAACUUUUAAGUGAAUGGCCUGCGUGGGUAUCAAACCCACAACCUUGUUAAGAAACAAGUUGCUGGUGCUCAUUUGCAAGUGUGACCCUGCACAGAGCUCUGUUCCCGGAAGUUCCCUUAAGAAUAAAGGAAAAUACGUGCAAUUCUGUACAGCUGGUGUGAGAGAUUUGGUUAACACCACAUAAGUUUUGCCAUGCAAAAGACAUGUCUCAAUGAAAAUUUUCAAUAACGAUAUAGGCAAUUAAUAAACUUAUGAGGAAUAGGCAAUUUCUGUUGGUAAGAAUGGGAACACACACAUUUAGGUACACUGUGAAAGGAAGAUGAUGUUACUCUAGUUGCAGUCUUAGCAGUUCCUUUAUUGACAAGAAAAGUUAAAAAUAUAACUUAUUUGUAUAAAGCAUUUUUCUGGCUUAUAAGUGUUAGAUUGCUUAAAGAGAAGGGUUUUCUAAGUGUACACUUUAAAGAUGGACUGUGAUAACACAAGGGAACAUAUUACAACAGAAAAAAAUCUGUAAGUGUAAUGUGAGAAUAUUACUACUUAAAAACUAAAAUUUGUAGUACAGCAAGUUGUCAUUAAGAGGAAAACAGCAUGUUGUUAUUUUUCGUUGUGUGCUUUAAAUAAAACUGUUGACACAUGGCGCAAACAAAUUAUUCUUACUGUAAAAAUCAGUUGGAAACUGCGAGACUGUCUUUCUGACAAAUGCCUGGUUGCAGUUGAAAUAUGCUUUGUUUUCUGAGCCCUGGGCUGAUCCUUGCUUUCAUAUCAGCCAACUGGAAUGUUUGUUACACCCAGACUAUCAAACCACCUUCACAAUAAGCUGCACAAUGUGACAAUGUGACACUUUUAUCUUUUCCAUUUUAUAACAAAAACAACAACUUGCUUUUUUACAAAGCAUUUCACAGUCUUUUGUUGUAAUCAAAAUGCCUAACAAGAAGUGAUGAUAAAUCAGAUGUCUGACUAGCAACUGAACAUGUUUUUAUUUGGAUUGUAUGGCUAACAGUACCAAAAAUAAAAACAUCUAAAUUUCAAGGAAAAAAUUUGUCCAGAUUCUGAAGAGAAAUUAAGUUGUGCCACAGAUGAGACGGUUUGAGAUGUCAAAAAUUGUUCCUUGUGUUGUGACACCAAAGACUUGGUUCAAAGAGUGAUUCUAUAGGUUACAACCUGAAGGGUUACCUGGCCUGUGGCUGUGCAGACAUCAUGACUGUGGGUUCCUAAGAUUCCAUAAUACACAAGGACAGAGGCUUUAUCCUCUGAAAUGUUCUACUUUAUUACAUUUAGCACAAAGAUCACUGCUAGCAAGUAUACCAAUAGUUAUUACAGAUAAUAUGAAGAUCAAUGAAUAUGAAUGAAUAUGAAUGUCAAGCUAUUACAAUUAUUAUCAGUAAUCAAUAAUAUCAGUCAAUAAGUAUAGUGUCAAUCAAUACUUGCAUCAAGCAGUAUGGUAGGAUACCUAAUGACAGCAACAACUAAGGAGGGAUGUACUAUUACAAUUUCUGGAGCUUGCCACUGAAACAAACUAAUCAGCAAUAAUAUAACAGCAAAUAUGCUUAAUGUACAUAAUAUUUACAUUCAGCAAAUUAGCCAGACCUAAGAAAAAGCCAAACCAGCCCAAAAGGGGGGAACAAACUGAUCCUGGAGGGGGCACUCAAUCAUCCCCAAAAGAGAGGAAGAAAGACCCAAGCAGUAAGACAACAGACAGAGUUCCUCUUCAAAACAUAUCCCUGACACAAAGUCUGGAGUCAGCCAGCACUCCCACUGAGUCCAUGAGAAUGGACAGUUCAUAUGGGAUUCAGCUGAAAACUUCUCAGAGGGAGACAACUUUAGUCCCUUUUAUAACAGAGAGACACUGAGUGUGUGUAGGAGAUUCUACUUUGAGCAGUUAAUAGAUGAUGUUAAUUUCUAUUUUUUACCUCUAACAGGCAAUAGAUGAUUCUGUUUUCUGAUUAUUUUUUACAGCAAUUUUAUAUCUCUGUGCUGUUUUCCACUUUCUCAGAAAGUAAUUGCUGAGAAUUUGCUGAGAAAUUGCAUAAACAAUUUUCAAGUAAAUUGUCAUUACAGUCUCUUGGGUUUGCACUUAUUCCUGGUACCUUGGGAUGUCACUGGUUUCUAGGUCCCUCCCUGGCUGCACUUUUCUAGGAUGCUUGCAGUUCCCAGGCCUAGUCCUCAGCCUCACAAUCCCAGGCUGGCAGACCUCUCUCUGUUAUGAUUUUCAACCAAUAAAUUCUUCCGUACAGCAGUUUUCCUCUUCUGACCAGGUUGCAGACAGCUGGGUGAGCCAAGUCAGCUAGGUGAGCCUGCUGGCUCUGAACUAGGACCCAUGCACCUCUGGUGCAGCAGCUGGGCUCCUUAGGGCACCUGAAAAGACACUGCAUGCCUGUGGGUGUGCUUACCUGCACAUCAAGUCUGGGGGUCAGGACUCAGUUGUCUAAAUGUCCCUUGUGAGGAUGACCCAGGCACUGCAGAACAUUUCAAAUGGCACUGGGUAUCCAGCUAUGGCCACUAAGUCAAGCCUGGAGGACUCCACACUGCAGUCCAGAGUGAAUGGCUGACCUGUGCGUGUGCCAAUAUGUCCACUAGUCCUGGCUGCCUUGGUGAUGAGCAUUUUGAGGAAGCAAAAGGGAUGACUUUGUUUCAAAAUUCAAGAAUGGCUUUGAAGAGUCAAGCUGAGUUUGUAAUUAUAAGAACUGCUAGAAAGACAGAUGUUACAAUUAGACUAUGAUAUAAAAGCAAAAAUAUCUUAAGCAAGUCUUGACAAAUGCAUUAUAAAUGCUGGUAUUUAGCAAUACUUGCUAAAGUAAACAUGGAUUAAAUUAGAAACUACUGGGAUCCUUUAUUUCUUAUAUUUGCCUUGUUACUUAAGGGCUUGAGAAAACAUAUUUUUCUCUAUUGAAGUUAUAUUUCAGAGCUUAUUAUGUCACCAUUUGCCUUCAAAAACAGUUAAAGAAUAUGAGUGAAAUAUUUACAUAGCAAAAGCUGGUUUUCUGUAAAUUAUCCAUAAUUUAGCUUUAAGUCUUGCAUAGAUUUAUGGUGUCCAUUAUAGCAACUUAAACCCAGUAUGUAAAGGCCUAUAACUUGGUAUGCUGCUUGUUUUCAUGGAAUGUUUAUAAGGUAAAUGUUACUCAAGCCUAUGGCACAGUAUUUUUUUUCCUUUGAAGGACACCAUGUAUUUUAUAAGUAAAAUUCCUAAGUAGCACAAGAAGUUCCACCUGAACAUGAGGAAGAACUGUACUGUCCAGAUGACUGUGCCUUGGAACAGGUUACCCAGAGAAGCUGCAGAGUAUCCCUCACUCAAGAAUCAUCUGGACACAAUCCUUUGCCAUGUACUCUAGGAUGACCCUGCUUAGGCAGGAGGCUGGACCAGAUGACCAUCUGUGGUCCCUUUCAACCUGACCCAUCCUAUGACUCUGAUUCUGUAGUGAUGUGAGAAUAACUGAGUAGGGUCCGAAUUCUGCUGAAUUUAAUUAGAAACAGCCAAAUCGAACAGGCUGGUUUUGUGUUGUAUUAUUUGUGUAUGGAAUUAUUCUGAGCCAAACAGUAAAUUUGUUGAAGUUACUUCUCUAAAGGAAGACAAUAGAUUCAGAUUAAAGGUC